GUAAGCCGCUCCCCGUUUCGUUGUGCCCCCCUCCCAGGAGCAUCCGGCUUUGGCAUCGUCGUUUCGGCUGCACAAGCAUCCCAGCCCCAGGCUCGCAUACUCACCCACCGGUCUUGUUGACCCAGGUCGCCAUCCACGGCCAUGUCUACAACCUCACCGGCUUCCUCAGCGAGCAUCCCGGCGGUGCCAACAUUAUCCUUCGCGAGGCCGGAAAGGAUGGAACCCGGUCCUUCGAGGCUAUCCAUUCCAAGGAUAUCCUCAAGGCCCAUCUCGGCGCCGAGGCACUCGUUGGGCUGCUGGAGCCAGGAGCACAUCCGGGCGAUGCCGAGCAGAGUGACGUGAUGGCCACCCAGAAACUCGCUGUGCCGCCGCUCUCGUCCGUCUUGAAUCUGUUUGACUUUGAGGCUGUGGCCCGGCGAGUUCUCACUCCAAACGCAUGGGCCUACUACUCCUCCGGCGCCGACGACGAGCUUACCCUGCGCGAGAACCACUCUGCCUUCCACCGCAUCUGGUUCCGUCCGCGCGUGCUUCGAAACGUCCGGGAUGUCCGUCUCGAAACCGUCUUCCUCGGCAGCCCGACCAAGCUGCCCAUCUACAUCACCGCCACGGCCCUCGGCAAGCUGGGCCAUCCCCAAGGCGAAGUGGCCCUCACCCGUGCUGCCGGCACCCGCGGCAUCGUCCAGAUGAUGCCGACGCUGGCCUCGUGCUCCCUCGAUGAGAUGAUGGACGCUGCCGUCCCUGGCCAGUCGCAGUGGUUCCAGCUCUACGUCAACCCCAACCGCGAGCUGACCAGGAAGAUUGUCCAGCACGCCGAGGCGCGUGGAUGCAAGGGCCUCUUCAUUACCGUCGACGCUCCGGCCUUGGGUCAUCGUGAAAAGGACAUGCGAACCAAGUUUGAGAUCGAUGCCCCCAAGGUCCAGGGCUCGGUCUCGGAACGGACCCAGGGGGCGGCCCGCGCCAUCUCGGGAUUCAUCGAUCCGACCCUCGACUGGGACGACAUUCGCUGGUUCCGGUCCAUCACCAAGAUGCCCAUCGCCCUCAAGGGCAUCCAGACCGCCGAGGACGCCCUUCUUGCACAUCAGCACGGCAUCGACGCUAUCGUCCUCAGCAACCACGGCGGCCGCCAGCUGGACACAUCCCGCAGCGCCAUCGAGAUCCUGGUCGAGGUCAUGUCGGCCCUUGAGCACGAGGGCAUUGUCGGCAAGAUGGAGGUCUACGUCGACGGCGGCUUCAAGCGCGGAUCCGACAUUGUCAAGGCCCUGGCCCUGGGUGCCACCGGCGUCGGCAUUGGCCGGCCCUUCCUGUACGCCAUGUCUGGCUACGGCCAAGAAGGAGUCGAGCGUGCUCUCGAUCUGCUCAAGGACGAGAUGGAGAUGGUCAUGCGCAUGCUGGGCGCCCGCAGCCUCAAGGAGCUCACCCGCUCCAUGGUCAUCACAAAGGACCUGACGACGCAUGCGGGCGUGUCCAUCCGCGACAACCUGUCGGAACAGAUCUACGAGCCACUUGCCUACACCAGCGUCGACCCCGCCAAGCUCCCCGCCAGCAAGCUGUAGCGCAACGACGGCUGCAGGACCAGAGCUGCUGCGUCGCGCCAUUGCGACAGCUUCUGCAUAUACGGAUGUGCCGAUGGGCUGAUGUGCUGAUGUGCUGGUGUGUGCAUACAGUCGGUCCAGAAAGUAACGGGACAGUCACUUUCUGGCUUCUGAAGCCCGCUGACUGACUGUAGACCCAGCGGGUAGGCCAUGGCAUUGCACUCCUGUCUUCGUUGGCAAUCGAGUGGUUUUGGUUGGUUUCGGGAGCACAGUCUUGAAUACACUCGGUCGAUC